AUGUGGGGUGAUGGUGUCGCAUGCGGUGGGGUCGCGUUUGGUGGUGCGCUGCGGGCGCACGGGAGCCGCCGGGCGAGGGUGCGAUCCAACGAGAUAGGUUCGAGAGCGGGCCGGCACGGGCCCCUUCCCACCCCGGUGCACCGCCCGCUGCAGCCUGCAGCCGCACCUGCUCGGCGCCGCCGGCGGCCGCCUACUGGGCGCGAGGCGGCGGCGAUCGAUCGUGAGGGGGCGUCGCCACCCCGCACCACCACCCCGCCGCGGCCCCGCGCCACCCCGCGCCACCCCGCGCCACCCCGCACCCCCCGCCACGUCCCGACGCUCUCUCGCCCAUCGAUCCGCUCCUGUCGCUUCGCUUCUGCGUUCUACACACCAGCGCCCGUUGCUCCGUCGCAAUCUCAAAAUUGGAUGGAAACUUUCUUUUUAACU